UAUACCUCUCUCGGUAGGUCAGUCAGGCGCGGCAGACCUUACUUCAAGUUCUAGCACCCGCAAGGGCCUAAGCCUGCUCUUAUCAGAUUGCCCGAGCCAGAGAGACAACCGGGUUCGUCUCUAACUGACAUUUCUCCUUAUUGUUCCCCAAAACAAGGCAGCUACCUUUCCAAUGGGCGACUUCCCGACCUCCGCGAUACGUUCUCCUCCGGGGCCGCCCUUGACCCGUAAGUGGAGCCAGGCUGCUGCGGGGCUUGAAGUGUCAAUUGUAUCCCUUCCUGUCGCUUCAAGGAAGUCCCGUGGCCCUCCGGGUCUCCUCGCUUCUCAGGUCUUUCACCGGGGAUUUUCCGACUACGGCAUCGAUGAAGCCUUGGGGGAUGGACCUUUUCCUCCAAGCACACCCGUCCACAUCUGCCCAACGUGUGUACCACUGGUGAGCCCCUGCUCGUACUCACCGUCUCCAUUCCUUCAGCAACUCCACUGUCACCUACCACCAACAUUUCCAAGACCUCCAAAGGAAAUGGCAGGCAAAAGUCCAUUGCGCCACCCUCACCAUCUCCAGAACCCCUCCGAAGAGCAAGGGCAAGCAGAAGGCCGCGCCGCCGCCUGUCGUCGAAAUCGAGGUACGCGGAUGGGGCCGCCCCUCCGGAAGCGAACGCAAUAUAGGACUAAAGCCCAUAAUCGUUACCGUGCCACUUUCCCCGGUGGAUCCGUUGCUUCCCCCCAUUCCCUCUGCCAGUGGUGCCGCUCGUGUCACGUCCGCCGCUUCUCCCGUUGUGGACAAUACCGUGUAUGCGCGUGCGUUUCACCCCACUGUCCACUGUGGCCGUGCCAUUCCAUGAGCCCAUGUCGCGCCAAGCACUCGAGCGGCUCAAAAUGUCCGCUUUACCUCUCGCACCUGCUUCCCUGGCCGGGCACUUGUUCAUUUGUUUUAUUCAUGGUUCGACUCAGGUCCUCUUUCAGUACUUCUUCUGGCACGCGGGGUGGCCGUUCUGCCAUGUUUAUGGCGCACUCCGAUGUUGGUGCACCCAUCUUGCGCGUUCCCGACUCACUUGGGCGUGCUUUACAGUCGCUAGUUGUCCCCAGGAUUGCGAGUAUAGCGGGGAUCUGGGCGAAGAAAUUUGCACUAACCGCAAGGAUGGGCGGCCACGGCCGAUGUUCCGCACGUGUUGACGUGAAUAACCUUCACCGCGCAGCGACCCUCCUUGAUCAUGUCUCGUUAAGUGGUGGCCCCGGCAUUUUUCCUUUCUUUCUAGUUCGUCCCGUGACUCAAACAAUGUUUCGUCCUGUUCUGAUUCAGCCAUCCAGGAACGGCUCAACCGCGUAACCGUCGUUGACGCCGAGCUUCAGAUGCUCGAUGGCUUGAUGCGCAGCCGCGUCAUCGAACGCAACAUUCGAUAACCGGUAGACGGCCUUAACGCAUUAGCGGAGCGGCAAGGCGGUGCCGAGAUCAUCAAUAUUCGGAGGUCUCUUACCUUAUUAAAUCAUUCUGACGUGGUCUAGCGUUACCGAGGAGGAGGCUGAGGAA